AUGUCCUCUCAUCCCACCUGUCAAUCAAUCCAUCGCUCCCUCUCACAACCUCCCCCUUUCCUUUUUCUCCUCUGUCCGGGCUCUUCCCCUGGCGCAUCACCCCGCCUGCUGGCACCAGUGCUGCCCAUAAUGCUGUCGUCCAAGCUGCUGCCGGAGAUGGAGGUGGAGGGGCGGGCAAGAGAGGAGGCGCUGAGGGGGCCACUGGCAGCGCUGCCCGUGGCGCAGCAGCUCGAGCUUCUGCAGCUGCAGCGGUGGUGGGAUGCCCAUCGCCCUGUCAAGGCCAUUCUUAGUGCUUCCUUGCUCAUCACCCGCACACUUGCUCUCAUCUCUCUGUCCCUCGCCACUCUCCUCUCUAUCACUUCAGCGAAGAUGGUGGACGUGGCGUGUGAGCGCGCGGAGAAGGUCAUUCUCGAUGCGCGCAAGGCGCACGCCAUCGGGGCACGCCAGGCGGCGGCCAGCGUGGCGGCGCUGUACGGCGCGGGCAGCUCGGACAAGGCUGCUCUCGCCCGCGUCGCCGACCAGGAGAAGCUUCUCAGAAAUGCGCUGGCCACUGGCGAGGGGUUCCGAGUGCCCACCCAGCCGGCCGCUGCUGGCCCUGCCCCUCCCGCCCUCCGCGCGUUUCCAAGCCAGGCAGCGCCAGCAGCAGCUGCCCUGCCGCCACACAUGCAGCCGCGCAAGAGGAAGCACCCGCAUGACGCCACUACCACUGCUGCACUCGCACCUGCUGCUGCCAGCGCUGCUGCCGCCACCGCCACUGCCACUGCCGCUCACACUGACGUGCCUGCCUCAUCACCCGCUGCGCCUGCCUCGGCACCCCUUCCUCUGCCGCCCACCGCAUCUGCCGCUCCCUCCCUUACCCCAUCGCACCCGCUCUCCUCCGCUACUGCUCGCCCCUCCCCGCCCACCGCCCCUCUUGCCCCCUCGCCCGCGUCGCCCUCCCCGUUCACUCCUGCUGCUGCCGCCGCUGCUGCCAGUGCAGUGGGUGGGGCGGCACCGCGGCUGCCCGGUGCAGCAGCGGGGUCGGCAUCUCUGCCUGUGCGCCCCUCCACGGCUCCGCUCACCACCCCCUUGCCCUCCCUCUCCACCGCCGCUCCCGUCGGCAUCGCACGCCCGUCUGCUGCAGCCAAUCCCAUGCUGACAGCUGGCGGUGGGGGCAGCACAGGAGGGGGAUCGGGAGCGCCGACGAUGUUGCUGGGCAUGCCGAGUGGCAUGCGCACGUUUGAGGGGCUGGGAGGGGCGCUGCUGGGCGUGCCGGGGGGCUGGCCCAGUGCCAUGCCCGGCUCCGCAGGCGGAGCCUCUGCUGGAGGAGGAGCGGUGCCGCUCGGCCGAAUGCCGCCCUCAGGCUCCAAUCUGGUUCGGCCGAACGUACCCAUGGGGGGGUCUAGCCAAGCUGCAGGUGCAGGGUUGGCAGGUGCAGGCAGUACAACAGGAGGAGGUGGUGGGAUGGGUGUGCCUGGCGCAGCAGUGGGGUCUGGUGGGGCUGCAGCAGGGGGCAUGGGGGACUUUGCUGGUGCUGGCGCCCCUUCCCACGCAGGACCAGCAGCGAUGGGCAGGGCAGAGGUGGCAGGGGGGGUUGGAGGAGGAGCGCUAUCGGCACUGGGUGCCACCAUGGGGGCAGCAGGGCCCAUAGCAGCGCCACAGAUGAGAGGAAGCUACACUGCACCGUCCCCGGGCAACCUUGGGCAGGUAGCAUCUGCACAGAUGCACCUUGCCACGAGCCCCCCCCAGUACGGCCUGCAGUCUGGCACGGGCGGGUUGUCAGCCCCGUCGCCCCCCGUGUUCCAGGCUCCGUCGCCCGCCCUGUCGUACAACGCACCCUCGCCGCAGCUCAUGCACACCUCCCACCCGCACUCGCCCAUGCUCCCCGUGCAGCACCAGCAGCAGCUGCAGCAACAACAGGCAGCCUCGCCCAUGCUUCCUGGUGGUGGGGGGGGGGCGGGGCACGGGGGAGCGCAGCUUCUGCAGCAGCCGAUGGCAUCGCUGAGUCAGCAGAGGCAGAUGCAGCGACUGCACCUGCAGAGGCAGAGGCAGCAGCAGCAGCAGCAGCAGCAGCAGCAACAACAGCAGCAACAGCAACAGCAGCAACAGCAGCAGCAGCAGCAACAGCAUUUCAACUAG